AUGACUGCCGAAGACAGACCCGCGAUCUGCCGGUACAAUCCCGUACACCCCGAUUACUUGCGCGCGGUCUCGGCAGGCGAGAUUCCGGAUCACUUUCAGUGUACAAAACGCUUCACGAGGAAGAGCGAUUGCGCCCGACAUGAGCGAAUACAUACAGGUCAUAGACCUUUUGCCUGCCCAUUGCCUUCGUGCGGGAAACGAUUCAUCCAAAAAUCGGCUCUCACGGUGCAUAUGCGAAUACACACAGGAGAAAAACCCCAUCCUUGCAUUCUCUGCGGGAAAGCCUUUGCCGACUCCUCUUCGUUGGCUCGGCAUCGUAAGAUCCACAGUGGGAGCCGCCCUUACGUGUGUACUGCACCUGGAUGUGGGAAGAGGUAA